GGAGCGACCACGCCCAUCCAGUCCCGAUGGGUCGCUCGAUUGGAUCGACCGGAAGUGCGGGAAGCAUCGAUGCGCGCGUUGGGAUCGACCAGAGGAUCUGGGUCCAGCUGAUGCGCUCCAGCGCGCGAUUGGAUGCGAGGUGCGCAAGGGGAUCAACGGAGGCGGACAAUGCGGGUGAAGAAAGGUGGGGACGAGGGCGAGGCGGUGGCACGAGCAUGGAAUCAUCUGCUGUCGAUUCGAGUUCGUUUGUCGGCGAUUCCGUAAUUAAAUCGCAGUUUCUACAUGCCAUUACUGGUAAUGGUUGCAGGUUUUUAAGCUCGUUGGAACUUGCUUACGGUGGGUUUGCUCUUUGCUGGUUCUGCUUGAUUGCAAGCAUCAUGGACUAUCCAAAUGCAAACAUGCACAUCUUUCCAAAUGCAUUUGGAAACCUGAUGUUUCUCCUCGAUGCACGUCCGCUCCUGUCUCUUCCCUAGCAACCAGUUCAUGUGCACUUUCCUGACCUCCAGGUCUGCGGUUGUGCUGAUGAAGUCUGAAUACUAAUCUGAAGUAUUUGUCUUGUCGUGAGAAACAUAGAGAAAUGAACAAAAUGAGCGGCUCAAGGUGCUGCAGAACCUUAUGCAGAGCGGAACCAAGGUGUGAUGUUUAAAAUCUUAAAUUCUUAAUCGUUCAAACUCCGACUGGAACAAAUUUUGUACUCAAUCGAACAUCUGGCUGAUGCUGACACGGCUCAAAAUUUCUAAUGCGUGUGAGACUCUGGACUUCAGGUGGACAUCAGCGCGAUGAAGAAGAAGUUCGCUACAUCAUAGCUACAGAUCACAUAUUACCCUUUCUUACUUAAUUAAGAAUCUCGUUAUCUUUUUCA